AUGAGCGUCAAUUCCUUCGAAAAUGAAAGGCGUCGAGUUGCUCAUCGAUCAGCUGCUGCUUCUGUUCAACUAAUGAAAGACUUGGCUUUUAAGAAGCAGUCAUUAAGCCAGAUGGUUAAUCGCCUAGCUUCAAAAAAACGUGAUAAAGGUGGCAAAAAAGAAAAUCGGUUUUGUGAUUUAAUGAAAGGCAGAUCACAAGGUUUACGUUCUCGUCCGCGCAAAGUGGUUUCAUCUGAUGAAGAAGAAGAGUUUUCGGAUGAGAUUUUUGAAGAUGAAGAAGGAAUUGACGAUGAGUCGUUCGAUGAAGAUUUGGAAGAAAAUAUUAAAAAAGAGAGCUCUCCCUCAUCAAUUUCCUCGUCAUUUAAUGAUAACAAUAUGGCUGCCCAAGCGGACCACAUACAAGAUUCGGAUUCCUCGCCUUCACAACCCGUAAGUGAAUUGAUCCGAAGUGUACCGACGGGUAGCACUUCUUGGCUCUGUAAGCCUCGCUUGAGCAAUGUUCCUCCAAUUAAACCUCAGAAAUCAUUUAACAGUAUUCGAAGGAAACGUGCUGUGAUAUCGUCGAGUGAUGAAGAAGAGGAAGAUAUUGACAAAAAGGCUCCUGUAAGCUUGAAACUCAAUGUAAGACGCGUGAAGCGGCUGAAAAAGGACGCUCGUCUCAGCGACGAAAGUGAUGCUGUGGAGUCCGAAGGGUCUGCACAUUUAGCCGAAAGCAGUGACAGUGAUGACAGUACGCGUUGCCGCGGAAAGCACGAAUGCUCUAGCGAUACAAUUGGAGGGUCGUGCGUUAAGUUUUUUAAUGUUGCAACGCGUGAAAAGCUUAUGGAUGCUCCCCGAAUGACAGAAAAAGUUGCUGACUAUAUCAUUAACAGUAGGCCAUUUACGGACUAUCAGGACUUGCAUGAUCGCCUUUCAUGCUGCCCACGUGGUUCAACAGUUACCGAAUCAUACCUGGAGUAUUUGGAGAACAGAGGUAUUUUAGAAAGGAUCCUUGAUGAUUGUCGUACACAUUCAAAGUUAAUGCAGGAGGCUCUUGAAGGCACUGACUCAAAGCAGCUGCUUAUUCAACCGAAGCUUUUGACGAAAGAUUGCGUACUUCAUGAAUAUCAGUUGCUUGGACUAAAUUGGCUUAUUAUGAUGCACAAGUUGAAACUCAACGCUAUUCUUGGCGACGAAAUGGGCCUAGGCAAAACUAUUCAAGUUAUUGCAUUCUUGGCUUAUUUAAAAGAGGUUGGUACACGUGGUCCGCACCUCGUUGUAUGCCCUUCUUCCACUAUUGAGAACUGGAUGGUAGAGUUGGCUAAAUGGGCUCCAUGUAUUAACGUUCUUACAUAUUACGGAAGUAUUGAGGAUCGAAUGAGGCUUCGUGCCAUGGCAACUGAUACAUCUGUUGAUUUACUUCUUACAACUUAUAAUAUGAUCGGUUCAAGACCUGAAGACAGGAAGUUCUUCAAAAGGUUUAAGAUAAAUUAUGCGAUUUAUGAUGAAGGUCACUUAUUAAAAAACUGCACCACUCAGCGGUAUAAGAACCUUAUGAAAGUUCGCGGCGAAAGGAAAAUUUUGAUGACUGGGACGCCGUUACAAAAUAACUUGAUUGAGCUGAUUUCUUUAAUGUAUUUUACAAUGACCAAGCUUUUUACGGAGUACUGUGAUGAUAUUACGCAACUUUUGCAACAGUUCCAACAGGUGCUUGGUUGUUUGCCCAAGAAGCACGAGAAGGUAAUAUGCUGUGAAAUGAUUGAAGCACAAAAAAGAAUAUAUAGUAACUUGCUCCGGCAAUUUCGUGAAGUAGUUAGCGGUGAAAUAGCAGCUUCGAGUAGACUGAUGCAAUUGCGGCAAGUGUCAAACCAUCCUUUGUUGUACAGAAGUCACUACACGGAUGAUUUGGUCAUUCAGAUUGGAAAGGUGUUGUGUAAAGAGGAGGAUGAUUACUCAAAGAAGAAUCCAGAUUAUGUGGCUGAAGAUUUGGCUUUUAUGUCAGAUUUCGCAAUUAGUCAGCUUUGUUCAAAGUACCACUCAACUCAGAAGUAUUGUCUCGAUGGGGAUAUUGCGUUAGAGUCUGGGAAGUUCAAAGAGCUUGAUAAGAUCCUCCCUCAAGUCAAAGAAAAAGGCGACAAGGUUUUGAUCUUCAGUCAGUUUACUACUAUGUUAGAUAUUCUGGAGGUCUAUCUCCGAAUACGUGGUCAUAAAUAUUGUAGACUUGAUGGAUCUACUCCAGUUAUGGAAAGGCAGGAACUGAUUAACACAUUUAACCUUUCGGACGACAUUUUUGCAUUUUUACUCUCUACAAAGGCAGGAGGGAUGGGCAUCAAUCUGGCGGCAGCAAACCAUAUAAUUUUACACGAUAUCGACUUUAAUCCUUACAAUGACAAACAAGCGGAAGAUCGGUGUCAUCGUAUGGGUCAAGUAAAGGAAGUUUAUGUUACUCGGUUUGUGUCUGCUGGUACUGUAGAAGAAGCAAUGCUUAGUUUGGCAGAAAAGAAACUCGAAUUAGAAAAAGAAAUAACUGGAGAAGGGAUGGCAAAUGGUAAUGCCGAGGAUGGUCAAAUUGUGGAGCAGCUUCUAAAGAAAGCCUUAGCUUCUUGA